CGCCCCGGUCACGUGUUGCCGGGGCGCGUGGCCGUGCCGGGAUUUGGGAUCGGGAUGUUCCGCAUCGAGGGGCUCGGGCCCAAAAUGGACCCGGAGGAGCUGCGGCGGAAGAUGCGCCGGGACGUGCUCUCCUCCGUCCGCAACUUCCUCAUCUAUGUCGCGCUGCUGCGGAUCACGCCGUUCAUCCUGAAGAAGCUGGACAGUAUCUGAUCCCGCGGACCCGGCCCCGCAGCUGCUCCCCCCGGGCCAGAGGCGGUGCCGGAGGGACACGGACAGCCCGGAAUUCCCAGGAUGUCCCGUCCAGCACGCGCAGCCGCGCAGUCCGAGGAGGGGAAGGUGCCUGUUGUCCCUGCGGGUGAAUCCCGGGCGCAGAGGGGGCCCUCCUGUGAUCCAGCAGCGCUUCGUGCCGAACGUUCCCCGUGCAGUGCGAGCAAAGCCCGUCCCCAUCCCGCGGGACGUGUCCCGUGCUGGCAGGGACACAGCUCCGGGACCGGCUGUGCUGUGUCUGCCCCCCGCACCCCGUCCUGUGUCACACCCAGUCCCCGCCGAGUCCAGCCCAGAGCACUUUGUUUCAAAUAAACGGGAGAGCAGUUGUGUCA